AUGAGAUUCCCCGGACUCGGUCUAACCAUUGGGAUAAUAGUGGCUUCAAAUCCUGCCAAAGCUGUUGGCCUAGGCCAAACGCUGCCCCUCAUCCCUGACGACCUUAAAUCCGCGUCGCACCAUAACCUCGCAUCCCCAUCGGAACGCCGAGGAACCAAAACCGCCCAGUCGACUCCUAUACACAGUCGCGAAUCCUCUGCCGUCCGAGGAAGAGCUGUUGACCCUUCCACACUCGCUCCCUUACAACCUAGACGUGGUCAUUCCGGUUCCAAAAGCCCAGACGUACAGGGCGGUCGCCCUCCAGGAUAUGAAGUGGGAUUAGAACGAAGACCUUCCAACUCGUAUGGUCAUCACCGGCAAACGUCUAUUGUGCACGGCGUGCAGCAUUCUCGAAACACAAGCAUGGCCGGUUCAAGCGCUUCCACGAGCCCUCUGAGCCCGGAGCUCAUCGCGUCGCUCGGUCGCGGUGCUUUCGACGAGGCAACUCUCCCGGCAAAAUUCGAUCCUCUCGAUUCACACUCUGGUUAUCAGACGCCAUCCGGGACAUCCGCAGGCCAUGGGCUACCGCCGACGUUAAGCACGAUAAAAGACAACGACUUGAGCACAAUCGAUACCAGCCCCGCAGCCCUGCUCCACAAGCGAAUGAACUCUGGGGGAAAUCAAGACGGGAAAGGUCACAUAGUCGCGGACAGCAAGAUUAACCAAGCCAUCAUGAAGAUGGGGGAAUCCGAAUCUCCCGUGGAGGAGGUUUGCGGUCCUGGAGCGGACCCAACGUUCGAUCAAUUGAUUUCAGCCUUGGGACAUAUCGCUCGAGAGAAACCCAAACCUUUAAUUGACACGAUUAUGUUCUGGCGCAAAGCUAAAGGAGAUGCCGCCAUCACAGCACGCCAGAUGACCAAUGACCAGAGACCAUCGCCUGCCACGGAGAGUGGUCCUCUACUGCGUCGCAAUACCGAACCGACACAAUUUGGUGAUCCUGCUGUAGCUGCAGAACGGUCGCAGCAAUCUACGCCUUUUAUCAGUCGUCCUGACGAUGUCGCUUUGGUGGAAAGACGUGCAACAGUCUCAGUCUAUCUAGUCUGUAGAGUCUUGAUUGAGAUCUUCAACCAGAGUAGCCUGGCCUCAAUCACUCUUGAUAUGGCAGAUCGCCUAGAAGAUAUUGUUUUUGGCCAGGUGAAGACCUCUGACCCGGACCAGAUCUCAGCAUCACCACUCCGGAUGGCGAACUGGAGAAUAUAUGGCCAGUUACUAGGUAUUAUGAGCGAGUCGAACUUCUCCAACGUCUCUGGACGGUUCUUGGGGGAGCUCGACCGAUACCAGAAGGAGGAAGCAGCUCGGGGCCCCUCUCGUGAUGGUGACUCCAAGGCUGAACUGUUGAUUCUUUGCAUGAGAUACCUCCGUUUGCCUAUGUCACCAGAAGGGUGGCCCAAAUCUUGUGACUUUAUGCGGUCAUUAGCACGCUUGUUUGUCAAUGCCCACGGGCAACGUAUCAAGCAAGCUUACUGCUACGUGAUUGAGAAGUUGCUUCUUCCUGUCGCGGCCAACCCGAGCUGUGACCUUUCCCUACCCCGGUGGAAAGAAUUCGUCGACUUGGUCCAACCGCGUCUAACGCAACUCCUUACCAAGCCACGCCAUUGGGCGUCCUCUUUCUCCUUGAAUGUGUUGUUGCUUUGCAUUUCGAACAAAGAGACUUUCUCUUCACAAUGGCUAUCCAUGAUAUCGAGCCUACCUGCACGGUUGAAGGACCGUCCCACCCGUGCACCCGCACUGCACGCUAUCUGUCGUCUGGUCUGGACCUACUUUUUCCGUUUCUCGGACUCCCCUACGACCACCCUUCGCAAGGUUGAAGAGGUUGCCAAAAUCGCCCUGCCCACCGGCCGGAGGACGUAUCUAAGCGCAGAGCCGGUCUUUGCUGAUCCGUUGAUCCAGCUGAUUCAAAUAAUUGGUUUCAAGCAUCCGGAUGUGUGCUUCCGAAACAUCAUUUUCCCUUUGAUCAAUUCCGAUCUUUUCCUAUCUGGCAAGGAGCUGAGGAUAGAGCAAAUGGAGCCCGAGAAAAUGGUCAUUGGUAUCCGCGCUUUCCUCGCUACCAUGUCUGAUCUAGAGACGAGCGAUCAGUUGUGUCCCCCCAUUCCAACUGGUUCGCUGCCCAACCCUUUCACAGAUGCUUCGACUCCCCUAUAUUUCCACCGCCCUCAGCUGCUCAAAGAACACACAGUGGCGAAACCCUCCGAAAAACAAGAUCCGACAUUAUGGCAACCUGUCAAUACAACAAGACUGAGUGAUAAUGUGAAGGAAUACUACUUCCGCUUCUGUGAAGUCUUGGGCAAAAUCACUUUGCUCUGUGACAACACAUUUGGUGGACAGGCAGUACUGGACGAAAAGUUUGGUGGAACUACCCCCAAAACCCCCAUCUCGGAAGCGUUCAGCUUCGGUCGUCGUGAUGACCAUGUCACUACUCUGGACCAGAAGCAGGGGUUCUACGACCUCCUCCAUGUCGCAGUUCAAGCUCUCCCCCGCUGUCUCUCCGACCACAUUCCAUUCAAUUCGCUCAUCAAUCUCCUCUGCACGGGAACUGCCCACGUCCAGUCAAAUAUUGCCACUUCUUCAGCUGAGUCCUUGAAGGCUAUUGCACGACAAUUACAUGCACAGCAAGUCACCAUUGGCUUUGCUAGGUUUAUCUUCAACUUUGAUGAGCGCUAUUCUACCAUGUCAGACGAAGGCAUGCUCGGACCGGGCCACAUCGAGUCCACGCUCAGGCUUUAUGUCGAACUGCUGCAGAUUUGGAUUGACGAGAUCAAGCGAAAAACGAAAGGCGCGGCGGCUAUGGAUCAACUGGAGCGGUCUAUUUCCGGCAGUCGGGCUCUGCACCUUGAUUUGUCAAGCGUCCUCGCUCACGUGGAAGAAAUUGAGUCGCAUGGGCUAUUCUUUUUGUGUUCUCAAUCAAGACGGGUUCGAGCUUUCGCUAUCACCGUUUUGCGUUUGAUCACCGAGUUUGACAGCGCACUUGGAAAAGAAAACACCCGAAUUAUACGGAUUCUGGAGGCUGAUUCUCAGCAAAUUUUGGAUGUCAAUGAUGAGCAUCUAACGGUUGCCGAGCGAAGCCGGAUUCAGAAAGGGAAAAGAAGAAGUGCCUCGCAAAACACACUUAUUGAAUUGUGUAGCAGUGAAGUCUCCUACGAUUCAACAUUGUGGGCCAAGGUAUUUCCCAACAUCAUUCGGAUCAGCUUUGAGACUUGUCCCUUUGCUGUAACGCUGGGAAGGGAGAUUGUAUGUGCACGUCUUGUUCAGAUGCACAAGAUCAUCACCCAUUUGGCCGAGAGCACAAGGUUUCCCCAAUAUGGCUCCAUUGAUGCAUACCAGCCCCGUCCCAUUGGAAGGAGUAAUGUUACGUCUGAGAUUCUGGUCGAGCAAUGGAAGCUAUACUUGGUCAUGGCUUGCACCACUGUGACAAGCGUUGGGGCUCAGUCUCAAAGUCAAUUGGCGAAUGCCCAACAUGCACGCAAAGCCUCCAAGGGAGCUCACCAGUCUCAAGACAAGAUCAGCUCUGCCCGAAGCUUGUUUGCCUUUGUUAUCCCCCUUCUCUCCGCCGAACGAGAUUCUAUUCGCAGUGCCAUUGUAGUGGCUUUGGGAUCCAUCCAUAAAAACCUUUACCGCACUCUUCUGGAGUCUCUCCAAUACGCUGUCACUACCUGCAACGAAGAGGCAAAAAUGAGAAUUGGAAACCAUUUCCGCAGCCCCAGUAGUCCUCGUCGAAAUAGAAAGACGGACCGUCUACGUACGGAAGUCACCAAUGUCUACAAACUCACAUCCCAUUUCCUCCAGGAACCAGAGGUUUACAAUGACGACUGGAUCGUCAACAACCUUGUCACCUACGCUAAAGACAUUCGGAUUUUCCUGAGCGACGCGGAAGUCCAGAAUGAUUGGGAAUUCCAACGCUUGCGGUUCCACUUCUGUGGACUGAUGGAGGAGCUUUUUGAGGGUAUCAAUCGCGCCAAGGAUCCUUCUCGUUGGAUGCCUUUCGAAUCUCGGAAAUCUGCAUUCUCUCUCAUGGAAGACUGGUGUGGGUACUCGCCAAACCAGGCUCAAAUCACCGAGAGAGAAGAGAACAUGCGUAAGUUUGCUAUGGCACAGCCACACGAGACUGGUGAGAUGAAGAACACCGCUGCUGCUAUGGAGAUCGAAAAGAAAAAUCUACGAGCAGCAGCUUUGAGUGCAAUGGCUUCUUUGUGUGCUGGGCCUAUUGGCAUCACCACUGAGAGUGGUUCCGUUCUCCAAUUUGAUGUUAGCCGCAUGCUAUCAUGGAUUGAAAUUAUCUUCAACACCGUGAGUGAUAAAUGGCAUGCCAUCGGUCGCCGCGCACUCAAAAACCUCAUUAUCCAUAACCAGGAACACUCCUAUCUAAUGGAGCGGUCUAUUGAGAUGUGUUACGUGACCGAGCGGCCCAAGACUAUUGAGAGCUACUUUGAGGUCGUGACGCAGGUGCUUUUCGAAUAUCCGGACUAUCCUCUUAGAUUCUGGAGGAUUCUAGGAGCAGUCUUGGUGACUCUCGGGAAUGAAAAACGUGAGAUUAGGAUGAAGUCUGCUAAGAUUCUUCGAAAACUGGAGGAGCGCCAGCAAAAGAAUUCCAGACUUCAAGACUUUGAUAUCAGUAUUUCCGACAAGACUACCGCCGUUUAUAAGCUUGCCCAGUUCGAAAUUUCGAAAAGAUUGGCCAGUCAACACUCCGACUUGGCUUUCACCAUUUUCUCGGAAUUUUCUCUACAUUUCCGCAAUCUUCAGCCUGAUAGCCAGCGGAACAUGGUUGCCGCUAUUCUCCCGUGGGUUCAGACAAUGGAGCUACAGGUUGAUCCUAAUGGCGGCCCUACAGCCAAGUCAUACAUGUUGCUGGCGAACCUGUUUGAGAUAACCAUUCGUUGCAGCACCGUCUUGCCAAAUCAGGUACAAGCAUUGUGGCAGGCUUUGGCAACAGGGCCCCACGGAGGCAAUGUCCAGCUGGUCCUUGACUUCAUCAUCAGUAUAUGUCUGGAACGCAAAGAGCAAAACUUUGUAGAGUAUGCCAAACAGAUGGUCGUGUUCUUGUCAGGUACACCGGCUGGAUCAAAGGUUAUUGAGUUCUUCAUGUUACAGGUUGUACCAAAGAACAUGGUGCAAGAGCGCAAAGAGCUCACUCCACCCCCUUCAGACAUCAAAAGUCUACCAUACGUUGCAGACCUCGGGACGGUACUGCCUGUCGGAAAUAAGCAAGCUGGUCUUUCUCUCGGACAGGUCGCGCUGAUAUUCCUUGUCGAUCUCAUGGUCGCCCCAGUCACCCUUGCCUUGGAUGAUGUUGUCAAGCUCAUCCACAUUGUUCUCAUUCUCUGGGACCACUACACAGUCACUGUGCAAGAGCAAGCUCGAGAGAUGCUGGUUCAUCUCAUCCACGAACUCAUAGCGGCCAAACUUGAGGACGAUGCUCCGGACGGUGCGCGGCAAUCUGUCGAAGAUUUCGUGGAAUCAAUUCGCAAGAGUGAUCCUGCUGUUGUUUGGGAAUAUGAAGAAAACCAUGGCAAAGAUGAGGACGCCGAUGAUCGUCGGGUGCCUGCAUCUAUGGCCUCCGUUACCCGUGACGUUGUGAAGUUCUUCAGUUUCGCCUAUGAAAGCGUCGGCGACUUGUGGGCUAAAGAAGCUUUGAACUGGGCCACCUCGUGCCCAGUGCGACACUUGGCUUGUCGCUCAUUCCAGAUUUUCCGCUGUAUCUCGACCGCGUUGGAUUCACGAAUGUUGGCUGAUAUGCUCGCCCGGCUUUCAAAUACUAUUGCGGACGAGGAGACGGACUAUCAAACCUUCUCAAUGGAGAUUCUUACUACGUUGAAGAUCAUUAUCAGUUCCCUGGCCCCAUCUGACCUACUAAAUUAUCCUCAAUUAUUUUGGACGACGUGCGCUUGUCUGAACACAAUCCACGAGACCGAAUUCAUCGAGAGCAUUGGCAUGCUUGACAAGUUCCUCAGCCGAGUCGACCUCAGUGAUCCAGUUGUGGUGGCCAAGCUCAUCGAGGGCCAGCCGCCCAAGUGGGAGGGCGGAUUUGAUGGUCUCCAGGACCUUGUCUUCAAGGGAAUGAAGUCUUCCGAGUCUUUUGAUCGCACGCUUGAUCUCCUGCAUACUCUCAGCGGCCUUCCUAACAAUGAACUUAUUGGGGAUGGAACUCGACAGCUAUUCGCUGUGUUGGCUAACCUGCCCCAUUUCCUUCAAUGCUUCGAGCAAGGGUUCAGUGACCCCAAACCCAUCGCUCGUGCUAGUAUACUUGCCCGUGUAGCUGAGAAUGAGCGCUGCCCCCGCCUUGCAGCUUCAUUGUUUGGAUUCGCGAAUCAGCAAUACAAGACAGCCGGUGUCUUCCUCGAUCAUAUCAUCACUGAGAUUAAGUCGUACUAUUUCCCCCAGCUAGACUUCCAGUGCUUGAUAUUCCUCAUGGGUCUCUUGACCAACACCACAGAUUGGUUCCGUAUCAGAACGAUGCGAAUUCUCUGUGUCCUGAUACCCGAAGUAGACAUGAGACGCGACGAAGUCACCUGCCAUGGCCCUGAUUUGAUCUCCCCGCUGCUCAGGCUUCUGCAAACCGAUCUCUGCCCUCAAGCCUUAGAGGUUCUGGACCAUAUUAUCACCGUCUCUGGCAACCCAAUGGAGCGUCAGCAUCUUCGCAUGAGCAUGGCAUCAGCGGCCUCUUCUCGCGCAAUUCGCAAAGAGUAUGAGCGGAUUCAGAGUCUAUACGGCAUCCCCGAGCCAACAGGUUGGUCGGUUCCUAUGCCUGCAACUCAAUCAAGCAUGACGCGGCAUAACGUCCACGCGGUAUUCUACACCUGUGUCGAGGCUGAAGACAUGCAAGACGAAGAUGUUAUGACGCCUGGUGUGGCUUUCCAUGCAGAUGAAUACAACAGCAAUGACUCAUUUUUCCCCAUGAGAGCCGAUACCAUGAAGUCAAUCGACACGCAAAACGAUGGCAAUAUCGGAGAUAUCGUACAGAAGCUGGACAGUCUGGAUGACUUCUUCGAGGAGACCGAUCCCACCACCCCCGUGCUGAACCCUGUUGCUCCUCCGAUGCUUCGAGGAUUCACUGGUAGCUACGUAGUGGACACGAACGCCCAUCUCUACGACCAACAAACUGCGCCGAUCUUGCGGAAAUCUCUCGCUCGCACAGGAUCCACCUCUUCCUUCCAUAAUGGUCUGGCCGAGUCUCGCCCACCCAAUUUCCGUUAUGACAGCAGCUCCGCUAUGUACUCUCCGGUUACUGCAGCGCCUUCAAAUGCUGCACAGUUGUUGCGAUCAAAUUCCCAUGUCCGCUCCGUCACCUCACCUGCCAACAAUCUCUAUGUCCACACUGCCCCUGGGGCUCCAAAUGCCACACCACCCAUGGGUUUGAGCGAUUAUGCAUUCAUGUCGGACGAGGACCCUGACGAGGUGCAUUCAGAUCUAGAGGAACGCCCAGUGACUAGGAGAUUGAACCCACUGCCCGCACCUAUGGUCCGAAGUGCAACCGAUGGACCCCACUCUCUGGAAUCAAUGAUUCGCAGCGGCAUGCGCAGGUUGACAGGUGGUGCAGCCAACAGAGAAAAGGAACGGCAGCGGGACCUACUCCGCGCACAACACCGUGCCAUUGCGCAAACGGCCAACUCACCCCGUGUCCCAAAGGUGCCUGAAGAAUAUCUCUCAACCCCAACGAGCCAUCCAGCAUCACCGAGGUGA